AUGGGCAACGAGACAACCAUGUCCUCAGCAUCUCUUGAAGAGCAGAAACUAACGGAGAAACGACUCAAGAAGAGGGAGCUGGACCGCCGAGCCCAGAGGACCGCUCGGGUCAAGACGAAGAACCGACUGGCUUACCUCGAGGGCUUAGUCGCGGCGUUCAGCGAGAGUGAUAGCAGCGAGACUGCGUCCAAGCUCGCCAAGCAGCUGGAGGAGGCGCUCGACGAACGUGACAAGCUGAAAAAGUUCCUCGAGACAAUUGGUGAUUCGAUUCGGACACAUCUUGGAGAUCCAGCCAGGCCCAGCACAGAUAGCCAGCGGCCUCGCAACCGGAGCUCAUCACUCGCCCACAAAGCGCAUUCCGAACAUGGUGCCCCAACGCUUCCAACCGUGUCAGCUCCCUCACCGGCCGUAUCGAUGAAUACGACUGAUGCUUCGCACGCCAAUAUACAAAGAGGAUGGAAUACCAUUCCCGACCAGGGCUACGUCAGCUGCGUCUCUCCAGUCUCGCUAACCUCGUGCAACUGUGCCUCGCCACGCACCCGGAGAUUGUCCGACGGCACCAUGGUCAACUUCAACACCUGGCGGGCGGCCAACGAGAUCAUGACGAUCCUGGACACACCCGAAGAAGCAGUCGACGAAAGGAGGACGACGACCGGUGAGGACUUCUUGGUGAGGCUCAUACUGGGUGGCUGGGAGCAUGUCGCGCAGAACUUCCAUGUGACCUGGGCGUGGAACAAGGUCCGGCUUCUGGACGAGAUCUGCUUCAACGCGUGCAGCGAGACGGAACGUCUAGCUAUCCUCUGGUUGCUGCACGUCGUAUUGCGAUUUCGCCAGGACCCGUCGCCAGCCAACGCGUCGGCUCUGCCUGACUGGUGCCAGAAGACACCUACACAAGGUCUUCACAGUCACUGUGUUGACUACAUUGCCUGGCCGGCCGUUCGAGAGCGCUUCAUGGCGUCGGAGCACAAUUAUUGUAAGAAUCUCUUCUGGGAUCGAUUCAGAGAUCACAUCCGAAUCAUCUGGCCAUUCGAGUUUACCGACUGCUACUUCUACGACAUGGACAAGGGCCAGUACUCGCUUUCCAAGACCUUCAAAGAUACGCUUUUCGACAUCAGGAAUUGGACGAUGGAGCAUGAAUUCUUCACACAUUUCCCGGAGCUAUACCCCGAUAUCCCGUUAUUUCCAGGCAUCCCGUUGGACAAUUCUCUCCCAGUGGAUUCGGAUCUUUCCUCAUCUUCAAUGGCGUUUGGUGCAGUCAAUAACACAGAAUCUUUUCGUUCUGUCCUUUGUACUGAUACCUUUGUAGUCUAG